AUGCUUGUCAAUGAUUUCGCGAGUACUCCUCUCACAACGACGCAAAUUGUCAUUCAACGAGAAGGAAAUGGAAGAAUACCAAAGAAGGGAGAUUAUAUAACGAUCCAUUAUCGGUCUAGAGUGGAUGGUCAAUUACAUGACUUUGAUGAUACAUGGCUCAUCAAGAAGCCCUAUACAUUCAAAGUUGGUGAGAGAAAAGUCAUUGAUGGAUGGGAUAUUGCAUUUCUUUCAGGCCAUCUUCGGGAAGGAACGAAAGCAGAACUUUAUAUACCAUUUUCAGAAGCUUAUUAUGAAAAAGGAGCUCCACCUUACGUACCAGCCAGAACUAAUCUUAAAUAUCAAAUUGAAGUAUUACAAGUAAGCGACCAUCGAUGUGUCAUUCUUUAG